AUGUCUUUUUCAACAGAGAGUUUAAGUAGAAUUAAAAAAUAUAUUGUUAUUAUUUUUGCUAUAAUAAUUGGAAGUAUAUUUUUAUUAUCUCUGCUUCCUGAUUCUCCUAUUCCAAAAGUAUUAAUGUCAAUAUUUAAAGCAAUUCAAAAUUUAGAUAUCAUCACAUCAAGUUUUAUUAUAACAAUACUACAUAUUAUUGCUGUUCCUUUUAUGAUUCCUACAACACCAAUUACUAUUGUCGCUGGAAUUAUGUUUGGAACAGUAUUAGGUACAAUAGUAAGUACUAUAGGAUGUACAAUUGGAGCAAUUAUUGUUUUCUAUAUAACUCGGUUUGUUGUAUUAGAAACGAUAAAUGAAUAUAUCAACAAGAACGAAAAUUUAAAAUUGAUGCAACUUAUUGUAAAAGAAAAUGGUGCAAUUUUUAUUACACUCCUUCGUGUUUCACCAGUAUUUCCAUUUCCUAUUAUUAAUUAUAUCCUUCCACCAGUUGUUGAUUUUACACAAUAUGCUAUUGGGACUUUGAUUGGAUUAAUUCCAUGUAAUUUUGUUGUUGUUUAUUUCUCUGCAUCAAUGACAAAUAUUACUGAAGUAUUUUCUUCAAAUGGAAUGUCUGGAGGAGCUUUGGUAAUGAUGAUUAUUACAACAGUCAUAUCGGUAAGUUUAAUUAUUGGAAUAACUUAUUACGUAAAAUCAAAACUCAAUGAACUUAAGAAAAAUCAAAAUAAUUCUUCAUCAGAUGAUCGUCUCAUAACUAAAGAAGAAGAAGAAGAAAACGAAGAAGAGUCUUAG